AUGCCGUGGUUCCCGGUGAAGAAGAUCCGCAAGCAGAUGAAGCUGCUGCUGCUGCUGCUGCUGCUCACCUGCGCCGCGUGGCUCACGUACGUGCACCUGAGCCUGGCGCGCCAGGGCCGCGCGCUGCGCCAGCGGCUGGGCUACGGGCGAGAUGGUGAAAAGCUAACCGGUGUGACAGAUGGCCGGGGUGUCCGGGCCAUGCCCUCCACCCAGAGGGCAGAGGAUUCCAGUGAGAGUCGUGAGGAGGAGCAGACACCUGACGGCCGGGACCCAAACACGCUGCUGCCCGUUGGGGUGGGGAGGCCGCCUCCACUGAACCUCACCCGCCAGGCACCCCCCUGGCGGGAGGAGUACAAGGGGCAGGUGAACCUGCACGUGUUUGAGGACUGGUGUGGGGGUGCCGUGGGCCACCUGAGGAGGAACCUGCAUUUCCCGCUCUUCCCUCACACUCGCACCACUGUGAAGAAGUUGGCCGUGUCCCCUAAGUGGAAGAACUAUGGACUCCGGAUUUUCGGCUUCAUCCACCCAGCCAGAGAUGGAGACGUCCAGUUCUCCGUGGCUUCUGACGACAACUCUGAGCUCUGGCUCAGCGUGGAUGAGACCCCCGCAGCCGCGCAGCUUGUGGCCUUCGUGGGCAAGACUGGCUCCGAGUGGACGGCGCCUGGAGAAUUCACCAAGUUCAGCUCCCAGGUGUCGAAGCCCAGGCGGCUCAUGGCCUCCCGGAGGUACUACUUUGAACUACUUCACAAGCAGGAUGACCGGGGAUCUGACCACGUGGAAGUGGGAUGGCGAGCUUUCCUGCCUGGCCUGAAGUUCGAGGUCAUCGGCUCUGCUCACAUUUCCCUAUACACAGAUGAGUCCACCCUGAAGAUGGACCACGUGGCCCACGUUCCCCAGUCUCCAGCCAGCCACCUAGGAGGUCGCCUGCCACAGGAGGAGCCCAGCGCCGACAUGCUACGGCCGGACCCACGGGACACCUUCUUCCUCACCCCUCGGAUGGAGCCUUCGAGCCUGGAGAAUGUGCUGGAGCCCUGUACCUAUGCCCCCACCUACGUCCUCAAGGACUUUCCGAUCGCCAGAUAUCAGGGACUGCAGUUCGUGUACCUCUCCUUCGUCUACCCCAACGACUACACGCGCCUCACUCACAUGGAGACUGACAACAAGUGCUUCUACCGGGAGUCGCCACUGUACCUGGAAAGGUUUGGGUUCUAUAAAUACAUGAAGAUGGACAAGGAAGAGGGGGAAGAAGACGAAGAGGACGAGGUGCAGCGCCGUGCCUUCCUCUUCCUCAACCCUGACGACUUCCUGGCGGAGGAGGAAGAGGGGGAGUUGCUGGACAGUCUGGAGCCCACCGAAGUGUCCCUGCCACAGGGCAGCCACAAGUCUCCCACCCCAGCACCGCCCACGGAGACUGCUAUCACCCCUGUCCCACCGACACCACCCAGCCCCCUGGACCAGCACACCCCCAGACACUCCCGGGGCCUGAGCUGGGCUGCCCGGGCCGGCCGCCCCCUGCCCCUCUUCUUGGGUCGAGCUCCACCCCCACGUGUCGCAGAGAAGCCGCCCUCUAAGGUGUAUGUGACGAGGGUACGACCAAGACAGCGGGCCUCCCCAAGGGCGCCUCGCAGCCCUCUCUGGCCUCCCUUCCCUGGUGUCUUCCUGCGCCCCAGACCCCUGCCCAGAGUGCAGCUGCGAGUUCCCCCACACUCACCACGGUGGGGCCGGAGGACCGGAGGCCCCCAGGCCAUAGAGCUGAGGCCCCCRACCCGGGCGCAGGCCACCCAGGGGGAUCGGGAGGGCCGGGCACUUGUGCCGGGACUGGCAGCGCUCUCGGCGGACUCGAACUCAUCGGCCGAAGCGCAACCGGUGACCUCCUUCCUGAGCUUGUCCCAGGUAUCCAGGCCGCAGCUGCCUGGGGAGGGCGAGGAGGAGGAGGAAGGGGAGGAUGACGGGGCCCUGGGAGAUGAGGCCUCAGAGGACAGUGAGGAGGAGGGCGCUCGGGCUCUGGGCCGCUGGCAAGAGGACGCCAUCGACUGGCAGCGCACCUUCAGCGUGGGUGCGGUGGACUUCGAGCUGCUGCGCUCAGACUGGAACGACCUUCGCUGCAACGUGUCGGGGAACCUGCAGCUGCCCGAGGCUGAGGCUGUGGACGUGGUAGCCCAGUACAUGGAGCGGCUCAAUGCCCGCCACAGUGGGCGCUUUGCACUGCUUCGCAUAGUGAAUGUGGAGAAGCGCCGAGACUCGGCCCGGGGAAGCCGCUUCCUGCUGGAGCUGGAGCUGCAGGAGCGCGGGGGUGGCCGCCUGCGCCUCUCGGAGUACGUCUUUCUGCGACUGCCGGGAGCCCGCGCCGGAGACGCAGACGGCAAGAGUCCCGAGCCCCCUCCGGCUGCCUCUGCGCGACCUGAUGGCCGCCCAGAGCUCUGCCGACCGCUGCGCCUGGCCUGGCGCCAGGACGUCAUGGUGCACUUUAUCGUACCAGUGAAGAACCAGGCCCGAUGGGUGGCGCAGUUUCUAGCAGACAUGACGGCACUGCGUGCGCGCACCGGUGACUCGCACUUCAGCGUGGUCCUGGUGGACUUUGAGAGCGAUGAUAUGGACGUGGAGAGCGCCCUGCGUGUGGCACAGCUGCCCCGGUACCAGUACCUGAGACGCACUGGAAACUUUGAGCGCUCUGCCGGGCUGCAAGCCGGAGUGGACGCAGUGGAGGACCCCAGCAGCAUCGUUUUCCUCUGUGACCUGCACAUCCAUUUCCCACCCAACAUUCUGGAUGGCAUCCGCAAGCACUGCGUGGAGGGCUCGCUGGCGUUCGCACCUGUGGUCAUGCGCCUGGGCUGCGGGAGCUCCCCUCGAAACCCUCAUGGUUACUGGGAGGUGAACGGCUUUGGCCUCUUUGGGAUCUACAAAUCAGACUUUGACCGCGUGGGAGGAAUGAACACCGAGGAGUUCCGGGACCAGUGGGGGGGCGAGGACUGGGAGCUCCUGGACAGGGUCCUGCAGGCAGGGCUGGAGGUGGAGCGGCUUCGACUGCGCAACUUCUACCACCACUACCACUCCAAGCGGGGCAUGUGGGGCACACGCAGCCGCAAGGGCGCCCACCCGGAGCGGUCCUGA